UCACCAUGGCUGAAGAUAGUGCGGAAGCAGGUGGAAAACUGACUUUUCCCGAUCAGCCACAGGACAAUGGCUCUCUAAAAGCCACGAAGGAUGUGGAUCCGGAGAACAACGAGUCUGAAUCCUUCCAGGACCUUAAGAGCAUCCUGGUCACCAGCGUUCUUAACCUGGAGAAACUCGAUGUGGACCUCUGGAGAGGAAAGCACCAUUGGGUACCCCGCAGCCAGCGUUUGUUUGGGGGCCAAAUAGUUGGUCAGGCCCUUGUAGCUGCUGCCAAAUCUGUUGGUGAAAAUGUUUUCGCCCAUUCACUUCAUUGCUAUUUUGUACGAGCAGGGGACCCUAAGGUUCCAGUGUUGUACCAGGUGGAUCGCACAAGAGACGGUCGCAGUUUCUCAGUGCGCUCGGUGAAAGCCAUCCAGCAUGGACAACCUAUUCUGAUCUGCCAAGCAUCCUUCCACAUGCAGCAGCCCAGUCCCAUACAGCACCAGUUUACCAUGCCUGUGGUCCCACCACCUGAAGAUCUACUCACUGUAGAGGAGCUUAUUCGGCUGUAUCUCAGUAAACCAGAUAUAGCAGAGACUGCCAGACAAGGUCUUACCAAACUGAAGGCUGGUGAGGUGCCUAUUGAGAUAAAGCCAGUCAACCCACCAGACCAGUACAGACAUGUUGCUAUGGAACCAAACAGGCUGUUGUGGGUGCGAGCACGAGGACAUAUAGGUGAAGGAAACAUAAAGCUGCAUUGCUGCGUUGCUGCUUACGUAUCAGACUAUUUAUUUUUGGAAACAGCACUGUUGCCCUAUCCAACAUACAAAGCCCAGUUUUCUGCCUCAUUGGACCAUGCCAUGUGGUUUCACAGCACUUUCCGUACAGAUGAGUGGAUGCUGUAUGAAACUGAGAGUCCUUGGGCAGGGGGAAGCAGAGGACUUGUUCAGGGGCGCCUGUGGAGAAGAGAUGGAGUUCUGGCAGUUUCAUGUACUCAGGAGGGGGUCCUGAGAGUUAAAGCUAUAACAGAACACAGUAAACUUUAGGGUGCAUUAAAGGCACAUCCUUGCACUAUCUUUGUACUUGAUUAUUAAAAAAAAUAAAUCAAGUAACCACACUAUAGAACCCAUCAAAGGUGCCUGCCUAUUAUUUCGUAUGCUCUUUUGCCCCCGGAACACCCCCAGUUUAAUGGAACUUGGACUCUAAAAGUGUUGAAAGUGCAUCAAGACGUUUCUCUCAAUAAACGUUGUGUCCAGAUGGAUUGAUUCAGCUUUCUGUGAACACAUUGAUGAUAUUUUUUUAAAAAGAGUCGCAUUAUAAAAAUAUGCAUAUCUGUUAGGGAUUUGACUUCUUGUAGAGUUAGCACUGGGUUCUCCAUCAUUUGGGGAUGGGGGUGUUGUAAGUGCUAUGGGGGCAUUUUGGUGUUUGAGCUGAUCUGUCCAUUAGAGGUUAGUCUCGUUUUUUCUGUGCUUGUUUGUCUUGCUGUGUUUUUCCUUUUUUUUUAAUCUUUUCUUAUUUUCCCCUUUCUAGAGGGGUGCGUGUGGGGCCCCAUGUUCUUUUUCCUCUUAUAUCUAAAUAUUCAAUAUAUGGCCACUAUUACUAAUUUGGGAAUCCCUCAUAGGGGCUCUUCUGUGAGGUUUGUGAGCUGGAAUAUCAAAGGCAUGGGAAACCCAAUUAAGAGAUCGAGAAUAUUUACUCAUUUAAAACGAGUUAAAGCUAACCUAGUAUUUCUGCAGGAAACCCAUAUGCGAACCAAGGACCAGGUCAGAUUAAAAUGCCCCUGGGUCUCUGGGGUGUUUCACUCACAUUUCAACUCUAAAGCCAUUUUAGUUGGUAAGACAAUUCAGUUUUCAGCUUCCAAAGUUAUAUCUGAUAGAAAUGGCGGAUAUUUUAUUGUCUCAGGCACACUGUCUCAUAUUCCCAUCCUAUUAAGAAUCAGCUCAAGACCCAUUUUAAUGCUCUUGCUUUUAAUUAAUUCCACUUUAUAUUUCUUUUUAUUCUUAUUUUUUAUCUUGUACUGUGGUUUUAUUUCUUGCCUUGUUUUGUUUUUUGUUUUGUUUUUGUUUUUUUGCUUAGGCCUGUAUUUUAUUGUUUUUAACUUAUUGUAUCUGUGUUGUUGUUGAGCUUUAUUGUUUCCCAUUUUUAAUGUAAAGCACUUUGAGCUGCAUUUUACGUAUGAAAGGUGCUAUACAAAUAAAGUUUAUUAUAAUUAUUAUUAUUAUUAGUUAAUAUUUAUGGCCCAGAUUUUGACGACCCACAUUUUAUGACUAAGCUGUUUGAGCAUCUCCCAUUAUUGAAUAAUAACCUUAUAUUCGGAGGGGACAUUAAUUGUGUAACUGACCCCAAUCUAGACCGCUUUAAACCAAGAACCCUGACCCCACCAUCAAUGUUGAGGUCAGUUUCUGAUUUCAUGUCUAGGAAUCUUUGCAUUGAUCCUUGGAGAUUCUACAACUCCCACACCAAGAAAUACUCCUUUUUAAAAAAAAAAAACAGCUGUAUCAGUCUUUCUCUCGUAUUAUUUUUUGAUUGAUGCCAAACUAAUCUCCAAAGUGUUGACUGUUAAUUACCAUCCUAUUGCUAUUUCUGAUCAUGCCCCUCUUUCUUUAGAUAUCCAGUUCUCCUCACAACCUCAGUACUCAGUUCCAUGGAGGUUCAAUACUUGCUUCUCUCAGAGGAUAAAUUCAAUAAAUUCAUAGCAGCUGCAAUUGAUGAGUUUAUUGCUACUAAUCAGAAUGAGAUGGAACCGGUUUCUCGCUCACUGUUGUGGGAAUUGCUAAAAGCAUACCUUUGGGGUCAAAUUAUCUC